AUGGCAUUGAUAACAUCGACUAAGUUGACUGAUGACCAAAGCGAGAAGUUGCAAGCAAUUAUAGGGCAGCUUCCCAAGAUUAUCGAACAGCUUGAAAACCCAGAAUACGAUGAAAUUUUCGGCUAUAGAAUCAACACGUCCGAUAAGGAAGGUGUAAAUGAAAACGUAAGGAAUGAAAUUUUAUACAAGUACUUGGUAGCUACAGAAUUUGAUGUUGCCCUUACAGUGGAAAGAUUGGUCAAGACUUUAAACUGGAGAAAUACCUUCAGACCAUUGAGUGCUGCUUACAAGGAGAAAUUCGAAUCUGAUUUUGAAGAUUUGGGAGUCAUUACAGUGUUUGAUAGCAACAAGGAAAACUUGUCUGUCGUGACCUGGAACCUCUAUAAGAACAUCAAAUCGCCAAAAAAGUUAUUUGAGAAGCAAAAUGAAAAGGAAACUUUACCAGGAACUCCGUUUUUACGCUGGAGAAUUGGAUUAAUGGAGAGAUCAUUACUGCAAAUUGAUUUCACCAGCACUGACAACAACAAGAUUGCACAAAUUCACGAUUAUAAGGACGUGUCAUUCUUCAAAGUUGAUCCUGGCAUGAAGGAAGCAACAAAGGAGAUCAUUGCUAUCUUUGGUGACCAUUAUCCCGAAUUACUUUCUAUUAAGUUCUUCAUGAACGUUCCAACUCUUAUGAGUUGGAUGUUUGCGUUUGUUAGACUUUUAGGAGUUGGAGCUGCCACGGUCAAGAAAUUCCAGGUAUUGAAUAGUGGGGACGUUUCCUCGUGGUUUCCUAAGAAGCAACUUCCAGCAGCUUACGGCGGUGAAGUAACCGGCAAGCCCGAGGAGGCGUUGAACGACUUACAAAAUGCUCAUGUGCCUUCGGUUCCAGUGUACGGGAAGCUCUUUUUAGAGGACACCGUAAUUGCGAAAGCAGAGACUGCAGCAGCUGAAGCUCCUACCGCUGAGACAUUGACCGUCGAUUAA